UAGAAAUGAACGCGGCUUCAAGGCUCCUGUCAAAGAGAAUUACCUCUACAGGAAUGACCACUAGAGGUUCUCUUACUAGACUUCCGAAGAGAAAUCUUCUAUUCAUGAGAAGACUGCAGAAUAAGACCUUCCAAAAGAAGGGAACAGACCACUCUCAAUUCUAUGAAUCUACUGCGUACCUUUCUGCUAUGAGGGAGUUUAAGGAGAGAACUAGUGGCCUUCUUAAGAACUCCCUUGAAUAUACAGCUAUUCGAAAUGAUAUUUACAAGAAGCUGCAACAAAACAGGGUUGACCAGAGCAUGAAAGUUGAAGAUUUUGUCAAACUCGACCUUGAUUCUUAUUAUAUCAACCUCAUUGUAGUCCCAGAGAUCCAAGAGUGAUAUGAAAUUUUCCACAUUUUGCAAGCAAACCAAGUAGAGUUCCAUGUGGAAGAGGAUAAUACUUUAAGAUCCAAAAUUGGUCUUACUGAUAUCAGGAAAGAGAUGGGCUUUGGAAAAGACGACCAAUGGCCAUUCCUCAUUGUUGAUUCUUCCACUGAUAUGCUAGAUACCGCAGAAGUUCAGGGGAAAGAUAACAUAGUUAGAUAUUUCCUUGACCUUGGCCUUCUGAAGGAUGUGAAAACCUAUAGUGCUUAUGAAAGCCAAGGAAUUGACUGGAUAAACCAGACAGCUGUACCUGCCUACAACCUGAUGAAGCAUACUUUGAGAGGUAAAUUCCAGUACUAUUUUGUUUCUAAAAACUUUUUGCACAUGAAAGUCUCUAUUGAGGCAGGCAAGAUCCUCAGGAAUUAUUUGUGGAAGUUUUACAAGCCAUUACAUUAUCACAUCACUGAAAGAAGAGACAGAAAAGGUUUAAAAGAAGAAAUUCAAAAUAGAAUCCAAAUCUUUCACGAUAUGGCUGAUGCUUGGGAAGAGAGACUAGAUAAUAAUAGAUUCCAUGGAGGUGAAGUGCCAGACGCAGCAGAUUUUAAGAUGUAUUCUCUUGCAUUUGCUCAUAAUCAUAUGUUCUCAGUGAGGAAGAUUUUCCAAGCAAGAGAGCCACAUUCAAGGAAGUUUGAAGCUUGGUAUACUUUCAUGACACAAGAAUGUAAACCCUACUUCAACUCUUAAUGAUCAAAUACAUUUAAAUAAGCUAGUUCAAUCCUU